AUGGAGUGCAGCGGUCGGUUUCAAGCCGUUGACUGGGCACCGGUAGAUCAUGACCGUUGUGGCCGGAUCAGUAUGUCUUUGUAUUUUGAGGAUGGGUGUCGUGCAAUCAAACAAGUACUCGAGGAGGGCGGGGAGUCACCGCGACCUUUGACGUCGUGGAUAUUUCAAUCCGAGGAUGUCAAAUACCGGACGAUCGAGGAGGUUUGGGAUCUGAAAGCUCAAAGGAACGCCUACCGCCAGGAGUACAAUGACCACUGA